UCUCUCUUGUCUAUCAAGUUUUCUUUUUUCCAACAUAUUUGUAUGUCUCUAUGAUACAUUUUGGGAUCUGGAGUCGGUGACUGAAUCACACGAGAUCAGCACUGACAUGUUUCUGAAUCAUUUUCAGAUGAAGAUAAGUGUUGAAGUUAAACAGUGUUUGUGUAAGGCGAGUCUAUGUGCGUUGUACGGUGGUGGGUUCGGAUCAUAGGUGGCCGCUAUGCCAUGGGUCUGCUGUAAAAUCUAGCUGGAUGGAUGGAUGUGCUUUUUGAUGCUUGAGGGAUCAAUACCAUGUGUAAAUGUUGAGCAAUAGAGUACUUCGGGCUGUUUUAUUAUUAUUUAUUUGAAUUCAGGUGUUGUCAGAUGAUGGUACAGAUGAUACAAGAUGUUCACUCCAACAUCUUUCUUGAAAAGCUGUGCCAGUCAUGUGUAGUGGAUCCUUCUGUUGUCAACAAUAAUAUUUCAUUUUAUCGACACUGGAAGAUUGCUGUCUCUGCACCAGCUUGCAAGCUGACCCACUUCCUUCCUCUGUGGCUUAUCUUUGUUGUUGAUUUUUCACUGUUAGUGAUGUGGCCUAGUACUUUAAUGCCAACUACAAACUUGAUGAUGUGGUUUGAGCUGUAAUAUGCAGCGCAGUUGUGAGUUAGCAGCACAAACAGCAGUGUACCGACAGUGGAGCGUAGUUGGAUGUGCUGGGGUCUCUCAGAGGGAGGUGUUCAGGCCUACUAGGCUCAACUUCAGUAGUCAUAAGCCACUUUUCUCUGUAGGGUACGGCUCGACUCGGCUCGCUUGACUUUUCUGAGCUUGCUUUUCCACAGUAGUUUAGUGUCGCCUCAACAUGGGUGCCAUCUUCCACUCGCCUUCACGCAGGAAUAAUGUUGUAUUAUCGAAGUCCUAUUCAAAUACAUGCUCAGGCCAUAUUGUAAACGCCUUUCCUGUUCACUGAACAUGGACACUAUUAAGGAUGUAAAAUAACGACGUUCUAGAACCUACAUAGUGCUCUAUAUGACUACGUUAGCUUUAGCUGCGACAGAGUGACUUCGAUAAACGCCUGUUUGGAAAUCGGUAACAAGUGACAGAGGAUGACAUCAAAACCAUCAAUAGGACAUUUUCAACAUCUCCUGCUGCCCCUUAUUCUUCUAGAAUUAACAGAACUUCGUAUGUUUUGUUCCUCUCUUCUUCAAAAGGUAAAAGAUGGCAGCUAAACCUUCAAUCGGACCUUUUCAGCAUCUCCUGCUGCCACUCUUUCUGCUUUUUUGUUUUGGAGGAGUAUUCUACACUUACUACAAGCAGACUUUAUACCUGUCACGAUGCUCUGAUGUUCCAGUCUCCACACAUGAAGUCUGCUCAGAUAAAUGCCUCAAUGUUUUCCAAGAGAUAUUUAUCAAAAAUGUAACGAACAGCAGCACUCUUAACUAUAGCUUGGUAAAGCAACUGCCAGCAAUCACCAAAACAGAUGUCACAGACGAAAAUAAGGAAAAUAAUGACCGUGACACGGUCAUAUUAAUCUGGUCAUGGCCUUUUGGUUUUAUAUUUAAAGCAGAAUCCUGUAGUCCACAGUUUGGUAUUAAAGGUUGUCACUUUACAGAUGACAGAAGCCAAUAUCACAAAGCCCAUGGUGUUAUGUUUCAUCACAAAGACAUUGGUGAUGAUUUACCAAAUCUGCUAAACAUGCCACGACCACAUCAUCAGAGGUGGGUGUGGAUGAACAUGGAGUCUCCUGAUAAUUCCCAAAGAUGGGCUGGGCUAGAUGGUUUAUUCAAUCUGACUGCAAAUUAUCAGAGAGAUUCAGAUGUCUGGGUGCCUUAUGGAAGAAUCAGAGAAGCAUCUGAGCAGGACAAACCCUUUGAAAUACCACCAAAGGACAAAUUAGUCUGCUGGAUUGUCAGUAACUGGAACCCCAACUUUAGGAGAGUUAAAUAUUUUAAUGAAUUGAGCAAACAUAUCAACAUAUGGGCUUACGGUAGACACUUCAACAGGUAUUUUAGUGAUGACGAUUAUGUAGCUACCAUGUCUAGCUGUAAAUUCUACUUAGCGUUCGAGAACUCCGAUCAUAAAGACUACUUCACAGAAAAGCUGUUUAACCCCAUGAAAUUCGGCACGGUUCCUGUGGUUCUCGGUCCACCCAGGGAGAACUAUGAGGAAUUCAUUCCAGCAGAGUCAUUCAUUCACGUGGACGAUUUCAAAUCCCCUCAAGAACUGGCAGAACAUCUCACACUUCUGGACCAGAACCAGGAAGCUUAUGAACAGUACUUCACCUGGAGACAACACUUUAACGUUGAAGGUUUAAUUUUUGGUCUAGAACACGCUUGUCAUAUUUGUGAUCAUGUAAGGAAACAGAAGGGCUACAGAGUGGUUACAAGUCUCAGUAAAUGGUACUGGGGCUAGCUAGCAUUUUAUUUUACAAGCAUAUGUAGACUGUUACAUUAGAAACCAUUUUAAUACUAAACCAUGCCUCUACCUGCUACAUUAUUCCAAUUAAGGAUAAAUUCCUAGGUCAUAAGAAUCACUCAUUUAUUUGCUUUGUCAAUGAAUGCAUUAUUGAAUAUUAUAUUUCAUGCAUAUAAAGAGUUGGGUGACUAAUAACCAGGCUGUGGAGGUCCUGUUAUCAGUUGUAGAAAAUUUCAUUUAUAUUGCAUCUUCUAACACUCUUUUUGCAACUGACACAAUGUGAAACUAGAAUAAAGAAAUAUGAAAGAUUCGGGAGAAAAUGUAUUUUCAUUUUAAGAUUUGUCUCAAACUAGAGGCGGAAUGUCCUUCCUAAAGUAAAGCUUUGUAAGUGAGAGGGAUUUGACUCUGUGAAACGGGAACCAGUGUGACUGUUGUAAUACGUGCUACAUGUUUGGCAUGAGUAAGGACUCGUGCAGCUGAACCUUGAACAUGGUGGUGUCUAUUUAGGGUUUUACUAAAAAUUCUAAACAAGAGAAUUCUAACCAUGUCCUUGUGAAAGCAUGAAUCAUGAUCACAGCAUCUUUUAAACUGAACAAAACACCGAUCAUAAAAAAGCGUUUGGUCUGCAAAUGGUCAGCACCUUUUAACCUUAGCGGUUCUACAAAGAGCUUUACACCGUUUCUCAUUCAUUCACACACACACACACACGCACGCACACAUGAUGUAAUGCGCUAGCCUGCCAUUGGGAGCUGCUUGGGGUUUAGUAUCUUGCCCAAGGACACUUCGGCACACAGAGGCAUGUGGGCCGGGACUCGAACCACCAACCCUACGAUUAGUGGUCAACCUGCCCUACCACCUGAACCACAGCUGCCCCAAAGUGGGAGUCAAAGGAGUGUGUGUAAUCAAAAAUUAGGUUAAGGAUUUAGAAUACUGAUCAGAAGGUUGGGGGUUCAAGCCCCAGCACUGCCAAGCUACCACUAUUGGGCACUUGAGCAAGGCCCUUAACCCUCUCUACCGCAAGCUGUGACAUGCAAAGAAAAGAAUCUCACUGUGCUGUAAUGUAUAUGUAACGAAUAAAGACAUUCUUCUUUCCUCCUCUUCUAUACCGUGUCUAUCUGUGAUAAUUUUGCUAAAGUAUAAUGGUGAGUGACCUGGCCUUCAAAAAAUCUACUACUACUGCGGCUGCCUGGCUUAUAACCAUCAUGCCUGACGUGCUUGCCAUGUCAUAGUACACAAUCAUGUCACAAAAGGGCUUUCUGAGUGAUCGUGUUCAUGCCUAGCCUUUGAGCUAAACAAAUUACACAGAAAAAUGAUUGUUAAUUGCUUUAAGUACUCAAGUAAGUAAUUCUUUUAUAGCUUAAAUGUCGGAGCAAUGUGUCAGCCUGAAUUGUCUCACUUAUCUGGAACAUGUAUUUAAGUGUGACAAAGAUGCUAUCUUUAUAAAGUAAAAGCUAUUAUUAGCCUUGAAUGAAUAAUUAUUUGUUCCUACUCUUCAGUGUAGAGAAGCAGUUCACCUCGAGUUAAUCUUACUACAAGCUCUUCUUUAAGACUAAACAAUAACUGUUAGUAUUUUUCAAUUAAUAAUAUUUGUAUAGUGCAUUUGACAGUACACAUUGUCACAAAAGAGCUUGUACAGAAAACCUGGAUGUAGAUUUAGGUCUGUAAUGAACAGUAACAGGUGACAGUGGAGAGAAAAAAACCCUUAUCUCAGUUUCUCUUCACUCAAGUCUGUGGUUUGUUUGUUGAUGACUUUUGUAAGCAGGACCGCUUAAAACAGUCUUCAACAAACAAACCACAGAAUGUUUUAUGAGUUAUAUUCAUUGCUAAUGAUGAAACAUAGUCAUAUAGCUUUCCUGUGCUUCCUUCUCGGACACAUACGGUACUGUAUAAAAGUACUAGACACUGUCAUAAUCAACAGAGAACACAGGCUAAAGGUGCAUGUUUUUAUUACUGGUGUGUCCCUUGGCAUGCUAUACAAGGCUAAACUGCAGCCUUUUAAAUCGCU